ACUUCCAUUGUGUUAACGACCUUUACCAUAUCAUCACUACUUUAUAGCCUUGUGCUAUUAAAUAACACUGUACUGUACAGUGGAGCAAGGGAUGGCGUGCAAGAAGGCUGGUGGUGUUCGCGAGACAGUGCUUAACUUCAAUGUGGGGGUACUGGGUCACAUAGACAGUGGGAAAACUGCUCUAGCCAAGGCCCUGAGCACUAUAGCAUCAACGGCAUCUUUCGAUAAGAACCCUCAGAGCAAGGAGAGAGGGAUCACAUUAGAUCUGGGUUUCUCUUCUUUCAAUGUUCCAUUCCCAUCUCGUCUGUCCGGUUCCAGUGCCAGCUGCUAUCAGUCUGUGCAGUUCACUCUCGUGGAUUGUCCAGGUCACGCCUCCCUCAUCAGAACCAUCAUUGGAGGGGCUCAGAUCAUUGACCUCAUGAUGCUCGUGAUUGAUAUCACUAAGGGAAUGCAGACGCAAACAGCCGAGUGCCUUGUGAUUGGGGACAUCACGUGUGAACACAUGAUCGUGGUGCUCAACAAGACUGACCUUCUUGAACCCUCAAAAAGAGAAGCACAAGUUGCCAAGAUGACUAAGAAGAUUCUCAAAACUUUGGAGAGUACACGUUUUACCGGGUGUCCCGUGGUUGCCGUGGCAGCCAAACCUGGCGGACCUGAAUCUUCACCGGCUGAGAAUGCACUUGGUGUAGACCAACUCAUCACGGUACGACCUCACACACCCUCACACCUCACACCCCUCACACCCCCACACCUCACACAGGUACUGACAGACUGUGUAUUUGUGCCGAAGAGAACUCCUGAUGGUCCGUUUAUAUUCUCCGUUGAUCAUUGCUUCCCCAUUAGAGGUCAAGGUACAGUUAUGACUGGAACUGUACUCAGUGGAUCCAUCUCAGUUAAUGACACUAUUGAGAUACCUACUUUGAAAGUUAACAAGAAAGUCAAGUCAAUGCAGAUGUUCCACGAGCCCGUUACUACGGCGAUACAAGGGGACAGGGUGGGCAUAUGUGUGACUCAGUUUGACCCUAAGCAAGUGGAGAGGUGUCUUGUGUGUACCCCCGGUCAUCUACCCACACUGUAUGCUGGUGUCAUCUCUGUGUUCAAAGUCCCCUACCACAAGUCGCCCUGUUCUACUGGAGCAAAGUUCCACAUAACCAUUGGCCAUGAAACGCUAAUGGCAAAGGUGACCUUCUUUGCUGCUCAACAAUCAGUAUUCUCUCUGUCUAACGAAUUUUCGUAUCUUGAGCAACUCUCUGACGCUCGUCCCAGCGAUGAUGUCAUCUCCCAAUCGACCAAUCAGUUUGCUCUAUUGGAGUUUGAACGGCCAGUAUCAUGCCCUGCCGACUCUACUGUGAUUGGCUCUCGCCUGGACGUGGACGCUCAUAGUAACACGUGCCGUAUUGCAUUUCAUGGAACUCUAGUCCAUCCGAUAAUGGAGAGGGACUUUCCCCAAUCUGUGCUGCCUGAACUGAAGGUGUUCAAGCUUAAGAGCAGAGAGGGGCUUGUGGAGCGGAUGCAUGACGACCACACGGUGAUUGGUAAGAGCCUGUUCAAAAAAGAGACUAAAAUGGAAGCAUUCAUGGGUCUAAAGGUCAACCUCUCGACAGGAGAGGUUGGAACAAUUGAAGGAACCUUUGGUACAAGUGGAAAGUUUAGAGUGUAUGUAUCAGAUGGUCUGCGGCCUGAUACAGUGGAGAUGUUGUCCAGGAGGCGUGGCAAGGGGCGCAGCUCUGAGGGGGCGGCAGCUGAGGGAGGAGAGGGGACCACUGCAAUCACACUAACACUAAACUUUAAACGAUUUAUAUUUGACCCAAAGAAACAAAUGUAUCAGUGAUCAUUUUGUGUGUACGAAUCAAACAAACAAUGUCAUACAUGUAUAAAAGG